AACGCACGAAAUUAAAACCUCUUAAUCUCCAUUAACCCUUCGAUGUCCUUCUCUUUUCACUCGCUUAAUUAGAUUCAAGGAAACAUGGGUGUGUUAUUGAGCUGUCUUCGAUUUUCCGACCAUGAAGACGAACGCGACAAUGCAUCUGGAAUCGGAUCCGCCCAUUCCCAAAGCUUCGUUGGCAGUAACUUUGCGCGCAAGUGUGAAGAAGUGUUGAGAAAUCAUGCCCGGGAAAAUCAACCAAUGUCUGAUUCAAAUGGAGCAAACCCGAGUUCUGAUUUCAUAAACGAUCUCUUACAAUCAUCAAAAACGUUAUCGACUGCCUCGCCUUCGAAAUUGAAAAUCCAUGAGGGUUACUUCGCCGAUAUAUCAGAAGAAGAAGAUGUUUGUCCGACCUGUUUCGAAGAUUAUACGGACCAAAAUCCAAGGGUAGCUCUACAAUGUGGCCACAUUUUCCACCUUAGCUGCAUCUAUGAAUGGAUGGAGAGAAGUGAAGCUUGUCCCUUUUGUGCCAAGAUGAUGCUUUUCUUGGAGCCAUGAAACUGAGGUUGUGUAGCAAAUCUUGAAAAGGCAUACUCAAAGAAUCCUCGGAGGCUGUUUAAUUUCACCAAUUUUCA